AUGCUCUUCCUUUCUUGGGAAGCCUUGACGUUGGCCGAGCCAAUGAACGCCACUCUCUGGGACCAUGGGAGAUCCAACAGCAUGGAUGGGACCUUCAGCCCAAGUGAGGGUCCCCGGAGCAGCUCCCAACUGCCCACCUUCUCCACGGCAGCCAAAAUCCGUGUGGCCCUCACAGUGCUCCUUUUCCUCUGCUCCACCAGCAUCAACCUCUCCAUGCUGCGGAGUGUCACCAAGACAUUUCAACGCAAGCCGCAUCUGCGCAUCCUUCUCAUGAACCUGGCUGCGGCGAACCUCCUGGUCACCUUCGUGGUGAUGCCACUGGACGCCGUGUGGAAUGUGACCGUUCAGUGGUAUGCCGGUGACCUGGCCUGCCGUACCUUGAUGUUCCUGAAGCUGGUGGCCAUGUACGCCUGCUCCUUUGUGACGGUCGCCAUCAGCCUGGACCGCUGGGCAGCCAUCUUGCACCCGCUGAGGGUCAGCAGAGCUAAGAGGAAGAACAAGGCAAUGCUGUGUGUGGCCUGGACCCUCAGUUUCCUCCUAGCAGUACCUCAGAUGUUUGUCUUCCACACGGUCAGCCGGUCCCAGCCCACCCACUUCGUCCAAUGUGCCACAGUGGGCAGCUUUGGGGCGCACUGGCAGGAAACGCUCUACAACAUGUUCACCUUCUCUUGGCUCUUCCUGGUGCCUCUGCUGGUGAUGGUGCUCUGUUAUUCCCGCAUUCUGGUCGAGAUCUCAAGGAUGAUGAGCCAAGCACGGGCGCCGCCAAAAUCCAGGGAGGUCCGUCUGCGCUGUUCACGCGAUAACAUCCCUCAAAUCUGGAUCCGCGCCUUGAAGAUGUCGGCUAUCACUGUCCUGACGUUUGUCGCUUGCUGGACACCCUACUAUCUGCUGGGCCUCUGGUACUGGUUCUCACCCGAGAUGCUGACCCGGGAGCAGGUGCCGCCUUCGCUCGGCCACAUCUUCUUCCUCUUCGGCCUCCUCAGCACCUGCCUCGACCCGCUCGUCUAUUGCUUCCGGCCCAGCAGGAAGUUGGCCAAAGCACCGUCUCUCCGCAUGGCCUCUGGGCAGGCGUCCACCAUGAGCAACGGCCCCAGGGCAGAGAUGGGAGUCCACUGGGCAUGCAAACCAGGAUCUCCCCGUAGUCCAAAAGUGGCCUGGACCAGGAAGGAGAAAGUGGCAGAGAGCUGCGUCUGA